UCAAGUAUUAUAUAAAAAUAAACUAAUUUCACUUGAAAUUAGAUCAAGUAAACAUACAUUUGAAAAUGUCAGAUCAAGAGCAAGCUCAGGUAAAAGUGGAAUUCAAACCAAAAGCGCGGAAAAAUCUCCGACAACGUAAAACAUCAGAGGAAUCAGAUGACGAAGCGGACAUAAAUGAAGCAAUUCUAUCUAAAUUGGAAGAAACUAAAGAGAAGCAAAAAUUACGUAGUAAACCAAAUGGAGUCAAUAUCCUUACCCUAGCUGCGGGAAAGAAAAUAACCAUAGAGGAAGAAGUGACUAACAAAGACCCAUUUAAUGUUAAAUCUGGAGGAAUGGUUAAUAUGCAAGCACUAAAAGCUGGCAAAAUUAAGACGGUGGAAGAUCCAUACGAUACAGGUAUAGGAACCCAGUUUUCUGCCGAAACCAACAAGCGAGAUGAAGAUGAAGAAAUGAUGAAAUACAUCGAAGAUCAGUUGAGCAAAAAGAAAGGACUUGCAAAGGAGUCGAAUGGAGAAAUAGAACCUGAUUCAUCUGGUAAAUACCUAAGUCCGGAAGAAGCAGCACUCCUAUCGUUGCCGGCCCAUCUCAGUCAAACAUCUUCCCAACGGUCGGAGGAAAUGCUUUCCAAUCAAAUGCUCAGCGGUAUUCCGGAGGUUGAUCUCGGCAUUGAAGCGAAGAUCAAAAAUAUCGAAGCAACCGAAGAUGCCAAGCUGAGGUAUCUGCAGGAGCAGCAACGCAAGAAGGACCUACCGUCGCAUUUUGUUCCGUCCAACAUGGCCGUCAACUUUAUGCAGCACAAUCGAUUCAAGAUAGACCAACCGGUACAGCAAAAGCGACGAUACCCGGAGGAACGGGGACACCACUCGAAUGACGAGAAAGCUCCCAAGAAGGCGACCGACGAUUAUCAUUUUGAUAAGUUUAAAAAGCAGUACCGAAGACAUUGACCGUGCAUUUCAUUAUAUUAAUUAAUUGUAAA